CUGUCAUCGUCCCGCCAUGUCUUCGGAAGCCCAGCUGAAGAGCGAAAUCGAAAGGCUAACAGCGACCAUUAAUAAGCACAAGUCCUCCGUCUCUACCCAGCCAACAGCGAACCCAUAUCGAAAAAAUACCUACAUCAACCCCAACCUCAACCCGAAUAAUACAUACACCCGUCCAACCCCCGGCCCUUCCAAACUCACUUCAGCUUAUUCUCAACCUCCGCCUUUUUCCACUAAACCGAAAGAGGUUGUAUUAAAUGGUGUGGCUUUUUCGUCUUCCCGCCGUUCGUUGGUGAGGAAAGACCGUGAGUUCUACUGUCUCAAUCAACAUUACCUCGACAGUCCCGACUAUUUAUCUAGUUCCGAAGCCGACACCUACCAUUCCACCCUCAAGUUCGGCUGUUCAAUCUCAAUACACAAGGAAGUCAGGACAUCUCGUACCAGCAAGUCGUGCCUACAAACCACAUUCUUCACGUGGGCGGCGCGGAGCUAAAAAUCGCAACAUGACUCUGACGAAUGGUCGAAGACCUUAUCAGUCCGUCCGGUUAAUGGAUUCGGGCACAUUUUUAAAUCUAACAAACGUGAACAGAGCUCGACGUAUCAACAAGAAGAUGAAAGCGCUGAACAAGCAAUGUCCGCGAUUCUCAACGACAGGUGCGCCGUCUUCAAUCGACCAACGAAUCAACCCAGAGACAGUCACUCUGAAUGAUAUUCACCUUUCAAUCCUUUGUCUUUCUUUCCGCUGCCUUGUUUUAGGUUCUUGCACCCAUGGCCUUACUUGCAUGUAUCAGCAUGAUCCGUCCAAAGUCGCCAUCUGCUGGAAUUUCCUACAAGACAAUUGCCCCAAUAGUGACGAUACCUGCAACCUCUCGCACGAUCCAACUCCCGAACGCACACCCCUCUGUUUGCAUUUUCUCAACAAAGGUCGCUGUACACGACCGAUUUGCUUGUUCCCGCAUGUCAAUGUUGGACCGCGGCGUGGGGUCUGCCGUGACUUUGCGGUCCUUGGAUAUUGCGAAAAAGGUCUCGAUUGCGAUAAGCAGCAUGUUCGCGAGUGUCCCGACUUUGCUGAGAAGGGUGCCUGUUCAACAAAAGGAUGCAAACUUCCUCAUGUGAUUCGAGCAAAUCGCAACAGGAAGCCGUCAUCGGAAUCAGCAGUAGCAACUUCAACGUCCACUUUAUCCGCCUCUUCUGGUUCUUUGACUGGGACUGAAGGUGAAGACAGUAUACUUCCUCUGACCGCUAAUGAUGCCCAGCUGGGCGAUGAGUACAUCUCACUAACCUUUAAUGAAAGUGAAAGUGAGGAAGAUGAAGAUGAAGAUGAGGAGGAGGAUGAUGAUGAUGAAGAGGAUGAGGGUGAUGAUCCCGACGAUGUCACUGACGUGCCCGUUGUGGGGUAAAGUCAAUCUUCAAAUCUAUAUAUGAGCCGUUUGUACUUCGAUCAUUCCGAAUAUGAAAAGGAUAGUUUUUGGACUUUGGACUAAACUUUCA